AUGUCGAAACCCACAACAGCAGCUGCUGGGCUAAGGCGGCCAUCUCGCAUGCCCAACCCAACCGACAAGGUUCUCGGCUGCUUCUCCAACAUCGAGCCAUCCCCACGUCUCGAUCACAUGAUUCGCUACCUCUCAACAUGGUCUGGAACAGAUAAAGCGCUCAUGCUUACCCAGUACUCCUCCAAACUCGUGAUCAUCCUCCUCAACCUCCAGUACGCUUUGCGGCUGCGCAUGCUCGGCAUUCGCUCUACCAAAUCAUCCUCAGCAGCGCAAAGGAUCCAAAAGCUGAGCUCGCUCAUCAGCGACGCCAGAGUGCUCUACCGUAUCUGGGGUAUUUUGCCCAUCAUCAAGUGGAUGAUAGGUCUCGAAAGGUCUCCUCCUCCCACACGAAUGCUGCACAACAUCGAGCGAAUUCAAGGAUGGUCCAUGUUGGCUUACUGCCCUAUGGAAGCGGUUGCGUAUCUGGGCAGUCACGGGAUUUUGCCUGUCUCGGCGGCGAUUCAGAACGCGUUCUGGUUGUGGGGAUCGCGUUUCUGGGCUCUUUACGUCGCGCUCCAGCUGCUGCAUCUCGUGGAGGACAACAGAUUGCUCAGACUGAGAGCUAAGGCGUUAGAGCGAUCGCGUGGUCAUCCCACCCCCAACAAGAUUCAACUCAACUCCAACGGGCAACUCACACUUCAGUCAGAAAAGCCGGGCUCGACUACAACUACACAGGAGCAAGUCAUCACUCGCAGAAUGUGGGACGAGUUGGAUGAUAGGAAAUCAGCCAUUCUCAAUGAGUUGUGGGUCAACCUUGGGUAUUUGCCAUUGACGAUUCACUGGUCUUGUGCAAAGGGGUUGAUUGGGGAAGGGUGGGUUGGCCUUUUCGGUACGAUUGCGGCUAUGGCUGGUUUGCGGUCGGGAUGGAAGAACUCGGCUGUUCCACCUGUGCCUCUUCCUGCUGCUUCUUAG